AUGGAUGGUUUGAUGAAACAUAACCUUCUUAAAAGUUUCAUCGUCUCUCUCAUUCUCACUCUCGUCUUCUUCACCUCACCAUCAUCAACAUCAUCAUCUCCGGAUCAAGAAACAAGAGUAUCUACACAAAAGACAGAAACCUAUCUCAACAGCAACGAAUCACCGCACCAACUCAUCUACAUCAAGAAAACGAAACCGUUCAUCUUGAACCGGCGGGUGCAAAGAGACCACCACCACCAUCGUCGUCGUUACAAUCACCACUACUACUACUACUAUCGUCAUAGUCUUCGUCGCCGUGGUCUUCAUCGAGGUGACUACUUCAAGAUGAUGGCUAAGAGGAGUAACGGCUUAAACCGUCAGGAUGCAUUCUCGGUUAUGCUUCCCAAAGGAUUCGUACCACCUUCCGGUUCAUCUCCAUGCCAUAACCAGAACCCUAACUCUGCUACCACUCUCUUUUGCGAUCUUUCUACACAACCUUAG